UCAUUCUUUCAAUGCGGCAAAGGUGGAAUAUAGAAAAAAAAAAAAACUUUAUUGUUAGAAAAAGACUUUGGUGAUGUUGACCACUUUCUUGAAGACUUAAAAAAGCAUUAGAUUCUUGAAACUAAUCUUGACUACUUUAUUUUUAUCGUACUACAAUAUCUUCACCUACAUAAAUCAGAUUUCCACUAACAAAAGUUCCAACAAAUCUUGAGUGGUUGUGAUUAAUUAGUAGCCAACUUAUACAUCAUUAGAAUGAAAAUGAAAAUGUCUUUCUUGAUUUUGAUUACUAUUGCCAUCACUGCUUACUUUUCUUCCUUAGUUUCAGGUUAUGAUCUUGAUCCUAUGCAAGAUCUAUGUGUUGCUGUUCAAGAUACUAAUCAUUCUGUUUUUGUGAAUGGAAAGUUCUGCAAAGAUCCAAAGCUAGCCAACGCAGAUGAUUUCUUUGCUUCCGGUUUCAAUGAAAGUGGAAUGCCAACACCAACAAAUCUUGGUUUUGCUGUGAAUAUUUUGAAUGUAAGUCGUAUGCCAGGACUCAACACUCUUGGUAUUUCUAUGGCUCGUGCGGAUCUCGAACCAUUUGGACUAGUAUCACCUCAUAUUCAUCCUCGAGCAACUGAGCUAAUACUCGUAUUAGAGGGUACUAUCUAUGUUGGAUUUGUUGUUCCCGAUCUGAGAAAUCCUUUCAAAUCGAGGCUAUUCGCUAAAGUAUUGAAUCCAGGGGAUGUUUUUGUGAUCCCACAGAGUAUGAUUCACAUUCAAUACAAUUUGGGAACCACCAACGCAACGCAUUUGAGUUGUUUCAACAGCCAAAAUCCUGGAGUGCAUAUGAUCUCUUAUCAACUCUUUGGGUCAAAUCCACCAAUUCUUGAUGAUGUUCUUGUCAAAGGAUUUCAAUUGGAUAAGAAAGUGAUCGAACAUCUUCGAGCACAAUUCUCGUAGGAUAUGUGGAAAAAUAAAGUUGUAUUUGAUUGAACUCACCAGAACAUGUUUGUGCAUUACAACCUUAGAACCUUAGUCAUCUGUCCUGUUCAAGUAUUGAGCAAGUCUGUUGAAAUAUAAGGAGACAAGCACUGGUUUGUUCAUAGUUGCUAUUCUAUUUGUUAUGUAACUUUGGUGAUGUUCUUUAACAAAAGGAAAUAAAUACAUAAAAUUUGGUGAUGUUCUUUCA